AUGCCUUCGCAACACCCUGCCCCUCGCAAGUUAUGGCAACAUUCUAACCCAAAUUCUACGGCCAUGUGGAAGUUUAUGCAGAAUGCCAAUCUGAAAAGGGGGCUGAAUUUGGAAACAUUUCGUGAGCUGUAUGACUGGAGUGUUGGAGAUAAGCGGACAGACUUCUGGGAAGACAUGCUAGAUGCGAGUGGGUUGAUCUACGGGGGAAGGUACACCGAGGUCGUCGACACCUCUGCGCCUAUGGACAGCAUACCACGCUGGUUCCAGGGCACACACUUGAACUUUGCAGAGAACAUUCUCUACUCUGCUAGCUCAUCCGAUCCGUCUGUUCGCACCACAGAGCAUAAAGAAGACGCGAAGAUCGCACUGACCGAGAUACGUGAGGGCAACACUGAAGUCCGGCAUCUGACAUGGGGCGAGCUACGCCGACGUGUAGGUGUGCUAGCUAAUGCACUCCGAGCAAGAGGCGUGAAGAAAGGCGAUCGAGUCGCCGUAGUGGCAAGUACGAGCUUCGACACUUUUAUCGUCUUCAUGGCUAUUGUGAGUUUAGGGGGCCUGUUUACAUCUAGCAGUACAGACAUGGGAACCAAGGGUAUACUGGAGCGUUUACUCCAGAUCAAGCCUGCCUAUGUCUUUGUUGACGACUGGGCUGUCUACAACGGGAAGACUAUCGACCUGCGGCCGAAGAUCCAGGAGAUCGUCCAAGGAAUGAGCAGUGUUAGUGAGUUCAAAGGGGUAGUAACACAGCCGAGAUUUCCAGGUAAACCAGCGGAUCUCGACGGUGUACCGAGAACGGUCACUCUCGAAGGAUUCUUGAAAGCUGCCCAUGGGAACGAGGAGUUGAAGAUUGAGAGAGUGGCUUUUCGCGAUCCGUUCUUGAUUGUGUACUCGAGUGGUACCACUGGGGUUCCAAAAUGCAUUUGCCAUUCGACUGGUGGCGUGCUGGUCAGCGUCGCCAAAGAAGGUCUGCUACAUCGCGAGAUUCGACCCGAUAGCGUAGUACUGCAGUACACCACAACGGGCUGGAUCAUGUACCUGGCCUCAGUACAGUGCUGCCUCUUCGGCAGUCGAAGCAUCCUCUACGACGGCUCCCCCUUCCAACCCUCUCCCCAAGCCUUCCUAUCCAUCGUCCAAGAGCAGCGCGUCACCGACUUCGGCACCUCACCGCGCUUCCUACACGAACUGCAGAAGCGCGGCAUCAUUCCUCGCAGUCUCUUUGAUCUCUCGGCCCUCCGCUCCGUCAGUACAACUGGCAUGGUCCUCUCCGAAUCGCAGUUCGAAUGGUUCUACGACACAGGCUUUCCCGCUGCUGUUCACCUGCGAAAUAUAUCUGGUGGCACCGACCUAGCUGGCUGCUUCGCUCUUGAGAAUCCCCUCGAGCCCGUGUACGUGGGCGGAUGCCAGGGCCCUUGCUUAGGCACGAAACUAGAAGUCUACGAUAGUUUGAUUGAAUCGGGACCAGGGCGUGCUAUCCCGCACGGUGAGCCCGGCGAACUCGUCGCCACAGCCUCCUUUCCCAAUCAACCCGUCUUCUUCUGGGGCGAUGAGACGGGCGAGCGAUAUCAAAAUGCAUACUACACGCGCUUCCCGCACGUCUGGACGCACGGAGAUUUCAUCCAGAUGCAUCCUACUACUGGCCAGAUCCUGUUCCUGGGUCGCGCAGAUGGUGUGCUGAACCCUAGUGGUGUGCGCUUUGGAUCGAGCGAUAUAUACAGUGUGAUUGAGGCGCAUUUCCCUGAAGUCGCGGAUAGCAUGUGCGUUGGGCAACGGAGACCGCAGGACGACGAUGAGAGCGUCAUGUUGUUUCUGAAAAUGAAUGAUGGGUAUGAGUUUACGGAAGAGCUAAUUGCCAAGGUCAAGGGCAAGAUUAGUGAGGAGAGGAGUAGGCGACAUGUUCCUAAAUAUGUGUUUCAGACUUGGGAUAUUCCGACUACGGUGAAUCUGAAGAAGGUUGAGUUACCGGUUAAGCAGAUCGUUUCUGGCAAGAUUAUCAAACCGAGCGGGACGCUGGCGAAUCCGGAGAGCUUGAAAUACUACGAGCAGUUUGCGAGGGUGGAAGAGGUACUUGAGCAGAAGAGAAAGGACAAGGCGCAGGGUAGGAGUCGGCUCUAG